AUAUUAUCCCUUUCCACCUGCCCCGUUCUCGUUUUUUCUCUCGCUAUAUUAACCACUUUCCCGGGAAAAUCAGGGAAGCUACCAAAGAAAUCCCCACCGCCGAUCAUGUCCGGCUACCCUUACCGCCCUCCGUCCGGCUACGGUUACGGCGGCCCCCCACCGCCUCAGCCCUACGGCUCCUCCGGCGGCCCUCCGCCGCCACAGCCCUACGGAUCAUCCGGCGGCCCUCCGCCGCCGCAGCCCUACGGCUCCGCUCCCUCGUACGGCGCUCCGCCGCCUAAUCAGCAGCCCCACGGCGUGCCUUCCGCUCCAUACGGCGCACCCUACGGUGGGGACAAGCCGCCGAAGGAGAAGCCACACGGUGCCUCUGCUUCAGUUGGCGGAGGAGGAGGAUAUCCUCCGUCGGCGCCGUACGGGAGCCCCUUCGCUUCCCUGGUGCCGUCGGCUUUUCCUCCGGGGACCGAUCCCAGCGUCGUGGCUUGCUUCCAGAUGGCGGAUCAAGACGGGAGCGGUUUCAUCGACGACAAGGAGCUCCAGGGCGCGCUGUCUAGCUACAACCAGAGCUUCAGCUUGAGGACGGUUCACUUGCUCAUGUACCUCUUCACCAACAGCAACGUCAGGAAGAUCGGUCCAAAGGAGUUCAUACAAGUGUUCCACAGCCUUCGGAGCUGGAGGGGCAUCUUCGAGAGGUUUGAUAGGGACAGGAGCGGCAAGAUUGAUACGAACGAGCUGAGGGAGGCGCUGUUGAGUUUGGGAUUUGCCGUCUCUCCUGUUGUUCUGGACUUGUUGGUGUCUAAGUUUGACAAGUCAGGUGGCAAGAACAAGGCCAUUGAAUAUGACAACUUCAUUGAGUAAUUAGCUUAGACCUCUCUUGCCCUCUUCUCUCUAUCUUAUUUUCGGGCUAAUCUUGAUCUAAUUUCGACCUUUUCUUUUUCCCGGCUGGAUCGUUUCUUCUGGGAAUGCAAUAUGCAGGUGCUGUCUUACUGUCAAGGUGAGUUCAUGGUUCUUCUUGAUACUGAUAAGCAGUGGUUUUGGAACAGGGACUGACGGAAAAGUUCAAGGAGAAGGACUCGGCGUACACUGGUUCGGCUACAUUUUCGUACGAGACCUUCAUGUUAACUGUUCUGCCCUUCCUUAUAGCAUAAGAAACAAGCAAAAGUUCUUCGAAGAAUCGAAAGGCUUUGGUAACCCCGUUGAGAGACGGAAGCUUCUUGCAUGCUACGGAAGUUAAAAGAGAGAAAAUGUGAGGUACUGUAUUUUCUUCAGUGUGUUGUAUGUUUCAUGCGCCUGUAUGUAUGUGAUGAAUGCUGUAAGUCCGUUUCCUUAUGCCAGAUAGCAUCUUCAGACUUUCAGUAGAGUUGUACUUUGAUAGCUUGUAUGAUAAAGAGGGUAAUGUUAAUUGUUUGCUGGUUAUUCCAUAUACACGCCAUUGCAACUUGCAAGGGUAUCUUCGAGACAGGAGAGGGAAGAUAGCAGGUUUCAGUAGAGUUGUAUGGUGAUGGCUAAUGAUAACGAUGAUGUUGCAAUUGGGUUGUUUUUCGA